GGACCACCUAAAUGAGGUGGUCAGCAGGAACAGCAAGAACGGGGCAGCUCCUGGACCAAGAAGUAGCGCAGGAAGUACAUCAGCCGACAUGAAGAUUUCUAUUGCAGAAGAGGAACAACUUCUGCAGCAAGAUCAGCAGGCUGUUGAGGAGGUGAGAAAGGUGUACACGUAUUGCGGAAAAAAGAUCGACACGCAAAUGACGACCGUGAGAGCGGAGCAAGACCUGGCGCUGAUGGAAACGG